UCAGCGGGUCCCGCUUCACUCGCAGCCUAGAGCGAGUCAAUUUAUGGAAAGACAAGUCGACCCUUUAAUGGUUCCCAUCAAAACCACUAAAAACAUCAUCAGACCGGCCGACUUCCGCGAGGAUUCCUGUGGCGGACGCAUGCAGCCUUCUCCCAGCUGACACUCUCCGACCACAACAAACACGCGGAGAGACAUUUCUGGGAGUUUGACCGAGCUGUUCACUUCCCGAGAGAGAGAGAGAGAGAGAGAGAGAGAGAGAGAGAGAGAGAGAGAGAGAGAGAGAGAGAGAGAGAAGUUUUCCAACAUUUCCAGAGUCUGCUUCUUCCUCACCCAGGAUACUUUUUUGGAGAGGGCGGCAGAAGUGGCCUGGCUCCUGAAUACCACCAGUCCGCUCUGCGCCUUUAUUGACUCCUAUUAGUUUGUUUUUAUUUCCCUUUUUUAAUUAUUUUUUAUCCAAGCGAGUUUGGUGGUUCAUGUUCACAAAUGUUAGCGGUCGGGCAGAUGGAGGCUAACCGGCAGAGUGCUUUCGUCCUGGGCAGCACCCCGCUGGCGGCGUUGCACAACAUGACCGAGAUGAAGACGUCCCUGUUCCCGUACGCGCUGCAGCAGAACCCGGGGGGCUUCAAGGCGCCCUCGCUCUCCAACCUCAACUCCCAUAUCACCAUGGGGACCCCGCACGGAAUAAGCGACAUCCUGGGGAGACCCAUCACCACGGCCGGACAGCUGCUCUCCGGGUUCCCCAGGAUAAACGGCCUGGCUACAACCGCCGCCGCCGCCGCAGCCGCGGGGAUGUACUUCAGCCCGGCGGUGUCGCGGUAUCCGAAGCCCCUGGCCGAGCUGCCCGGGAGGGCGCCCAUUUUCUGGCCCGGGGUGAUGCAGGGUUCUCCCUGGAGGGACCCGCGGGUUCCCUGUCAUUCUCAAGCUAAUUUAAUGAUGGACAAGGACGGCAAGAAGAAGCACUCCAGACCGACUUUUUCAGGACAGCAGAUUUUUGCUCUGGAAAAAACUUUCGAGCAGACGAAAUACCUGGCCGGCCCAGAGAGAGCCCGCCUGGCCUACUCUUUAGGAAUGACCGAGAGCCAAGUGAAGGUUUGGUUUCAGAACAGAAGAACCAAAUGGCGGAAGCGACACGCAGCAGAGAUGGCCACGGCCAAGAAGAAGCACGACUCGGAGACGGAGAAGAUGAAGGAGAGCUCGGAUAACGAGGACGACGACGAGUACAACAAACCACUGGACCCAAAUUCAGACGACGAGAAAAUCACGAGACUGUUGAAAAAGCACAAGGCCACCAACCUGGCGCUGAUCAGCCCCUGCAGUAACAGCUCGGACACCUUGUGAUGCCCACAGCUGGGGGGGCCAAAGUUGGGAGGCCAAAGGGUCCAACAGAGACUUGUCGCACUCUUUCUGGUCCCCUUUUCCACCUGACAUUACGAACAUGCGCCUGAGGGGAUCGCAUUUCGCUCAGACAGAGCAAGAAAAUGUGUAAAAACACACAAAAGUGUGCGCCAAGACGCACGGAAGACGCGCGCACCAAAACGUGGCCAGAGACGCAUUUGGCUGCAUCCAAACCCACUUACAGACACUGCAUCCACGGAGAUAUAACUCCUGUCAGAACUGGACUUCAAGAAGACUCAUAAUGACGAGUUCAUGUUGAAUGGACAAAAAUAUUGCGACAGGAAAUUGUUUUGGCGACGCAAAUCAGUUUUUACGCAUACAGGCGGGAGUUUUAACAACAGGUGUAAAUGUAAACGAAAUAUUAUAUCCACACAGUCCGGAUCAGUGUUGGGCUUGUUACAAUGACUCUUUACUUUUAUUCCACAAGUGAUACUGCUUCACUUUACGCAGUAAAAUUCAUGACACUUUAUUUUGCUACCCAAAAUUAACAGCCUCUGUCACCUUUCACAGCCCAGAAGGCCAUUCCUUCUGAGUGCUCUUAUUAAUUACCGAUAUCAUCUUUAGCACCUAUAACCUUUUUUAUCUGAAGAGAAAGGACAUUAUUGCCAGUCCAGUUUCAUUAUGAACUAUAAAAAGUGUACACCCUUUAAAGAUAAUUCAGCUUUAAACCCGUUUUUGGAUUAAAGAGACGCAGCCAACACUGAUCCGGAUCCCAGACGCAUGUUUAAAAUGGCAGGUGUAAAUGGGGGCCUGUGAUGCUUCUAAAGCUCAGUUUAACCAGGGUAUCCACUGUCCUAAAAGGCGAGAGAAUAAAAUGUUUGGAGGGGGGAGCAGGUUCGAGAUGAAUGAAUGAUUUGUGCUGUAGCCUAAAGAUGAAAAUGUACGUGAGAUUGUAUAUAUUUUUUACUGAAUAAGUUAUGUUGUUUGAACCAGUGGAAACGUGGCAGCCUUUUUUCUCCCCCCGCAGCCCGGACGCGCUUAUUCCCUCUCAGAUAUACCUGCUGCUUCGUUUUCACCCCUGCAGAGUAAUGUCUCCCCCAUUUUUUCUCCCACGUUUUACAAUUGUCCAUUCAGUAUCUGCACACACAUGUAUAGAGGCGAAAUGCUGUAAAUAAUCACUGUACAAAAACAGCUUGUUUUAACGACAUCACGGUACUUUUGGUUUCAUUUGAGAAAGUUUCUGUUUUUACCUCUUCACCACGCAGCGGGAUGGAAAACUGGACCAUCGUUUAUGUUGGAACUAAAGAGAGUAUUAUUGCUUCCGGGAAGGUUAUAGGAAGAAAAAAAACACUUUGUAUUAAGAAUAAAUUAUUUAACAAGCA